AUGCGCUACGUCGCGGACCACAGCGGCUCCGGCGGCCCGGACCUGCGCGAGGCGACGUGCAAGGUCCGCGCGCUUGGCCACGGCUCCUUCGGGUCCGUCUGGCUCGCCUUCCACGGGCCGACGCAGCGCGUCGUCGCCGUCAAGGAGGUCUCCGUCGACGCGCGCGCGAAGCGCAAGCGCGCGGUCAGCGAGGUCGCGCGGAACGCGAGCCAGGCCGCGGGCCUCCGGUGCCGCGCGGGCGCGUCGGACCACGUGCUCCGCUUCUACGGCUCCUACGUCGACGACGCCGCCGACGUCGUCGGCCUCGUGCUCGAGUACAUGGACGGCGGGUCCCUGGACCAGUUCGCGGGCGCGCCGGAGCUCGCGCUCUUGUGCGACGACGCGUUCCGUCUGAUCGCGUCGGGCGCCGCGCGGGGCCUCGCGCACCUCCACGGCCUCCGCGUCAUCCACCGCGACGUCAAGCCCGCGAACGUGCUCCUGAGCUUUUCCGGCGCCGUGAAGAUCGGCGACCUGGGUCUGGCG